UAGGACAUUGCGUCACUGUGGUGGGGAAUUCAAACUUCGACAACAGGACAUCACUAAGCGAGAGGGCUGUAUAUUACAAAUACUAAGUAUAUAUUUCCACAUUCGUGAUUACUUUUUGCUUUCCUCACUAUAUCCAAGUUUUGUAUUUAUUAAGGUUGUGUUUUCGGCGAGAUGGACAGCGCGGCGGAACUCCUCAAGUACUAUGAAGUCUACGAGACCAUCGGCUCAGGAGGCUUUGCGAAGGUCAAGCUGGGUCGCCACAUCCUGACGGGAGAGAAGGUGGCCAUUAAAAUCAUGGAGAAGAAGGAACUGGGGGAGGACCUUCCUCGUGUGAAGGUGGAGAUAGAGGCCAUGAAGAGUCUGAGCCACCAGCACGUCUGUAGACUGUACCAUGUUAUCGAGACUAAUACCAAGAUAUACAUGAUCCUGGAGUAUUGUCCGGGAGGAGAGUUGUUUGACUACAUCAUCGCUAAGGACCGUCUGUCUGAAGAGGAGACCAGAGUGUUCUUCAGACAGAUCGUCUCAGCUCUGGCCUACGUCCACAGCCAGGGGUACGCCCACAGAGACCUCAAACCGGAGAACCUGUUGAUAGAUGAAGACCACAACCUGAAACUGAUAGACUUUGGUCUCUGUGCCAAACCAAAGGGGGGUCUGGGAUAUGAGCUGAUGACCUGUUGUGGAAGUCCAGCCUACGCUGCUCCUGAACUCAUCCAGGGUAAAGCCUACAUCGGCUCGGAGGCUGAUGUGUGGAGUAUGGGAGUGCUGCUGUUUGCUCUGCUCUGUGGAUAUCUGCCGUUUGAUGACGACAACUGUAUGGUCCUCUACAGGAAAAUCACCAGAGGUAGUUACAACAACCCUCAUUGGCUGUCUCCUGGGAGCAUCCUGCUACUCAACCAGAUGAUGCAGGUACACACACACUUGGGUUAUAUAGAUGAGGACUGCAUCACUGAGAUGUCCGUCAGCCUGAAGAUCUCCAGACAGAGCACCCUACAGCUGGUCAAUGAGUGGAAGUACGACCAGACCACUGCCACCUACCUGUUGCUGCUUUCUAAGAAACAGAGAGGGAAACCUGUCCGGAUCAGGCCUCAACUUCCUGUCUGUGAUGUCAUGUCCUGUUCACCUCAACGCCUGGGAGUACAGACUCUACUCUUCGAUGAUGAUGAUGAUGAUGCUGAGGACCGUUGCUAUGACGACGACCUGCCCUGGGUUCCGCUCACACCCCAGCAAGAGAGAGCGACCUGUCCGUCAGCUGAAAAGAGGCGGGAUCAGACUAAACACGCCCCUACUCCGGAGAGGGAGCCAAUCGCGCACCACCACCGUCACCAGGAGAGGCGGGAACGAUGCCGGGAACGGACCAAUGAAAACAAAGAGAACGUUGCCCUGGCCAAUAAGGAUGCUGAUAUAUUUGCUUUGCCCGCCCCCCGAUCCCCUGUAGCCAAUAGGAAGGCAACUCGGCCCAACAAGAGGGUCUUGACGACACCAACCCGUAAUAACACCAACAAGGUUGGCAACAAGGUAGACACACCCCAAGGAGGAGGCAGUACUUGUAAGGACCCGUCGAGGAAGAGACUGAGGGAGAGAGUGGAAGGAAAGGAGGAAGAAGAGAUGGAGCUGCUGGCCUUCAGCCCAGAGAGAAGGUCCCGGUCGUUAGACCUGGCGGGGGCGUCUCGGGGGGACAGCAGCCAGAAGAGAAGGGGGGGGAAGGUUUUCGGCAGUCUGGAGAGAGGCCUGGAUAAAGUCAUCACCUUGCUCACACCCAGCAAGAGACGAGGGCUGCGGGACAGACCACGCAGGAUCAAGGCCCAGUAUAAUGUAACGUUGACCAGUCAGACCAACCCAGACCAGGUGUUGAACCAGAUCCUCUCCAUUCUACCGGAGAAACACGUCGACUUCGCACAGAAAGGCUAUACUCUAAAGUGUCGCACCCAGAUAGGGGACUUUGGGAAGGUGACCAUGGCGUUUGAGCUGGAGGUGUGUCUGCUGCACAGACCAGAUGUGGUGUGUGUGAGGAGACAGCGGCUGAAGGGAGAUUCCUGGGUUUACAAACACCUGGUGGAGGACAUUCUCUCGACGUCCAGCAUCUAGACGUCACUACUUCCUGCCGAUGAUGUCACAUCCUGUCCACGUUCCAGCACCUAAAGCCAGUGUCUUAACUAAUUCCAUGUAGGGCAGAGUGUCUACAGGUUCACUCCUCCCUUAUACUUAGUUAGGACCUCCCCUCACCUGGUUGUCUAGGACCUCCCCUCACCUGGUUGUCUAGGACCUCCCCUCACCUGGUUGUCUAGGACCUCCCCUCACCUGGUUGUCUAGGACCUCCCCCUCACCUGGUUGUCUAGGACCUCCCCCUCACCUGGUUGUCUAGGACCUCCCUUCACCUGGUUGUCUAGGACCUCCCCUCACCUGGUUGUCUAGGACCUCCCCUCACCUGGUUGUCUAGGACCUCACCUCACCUGGUUGUCUAGGAUCUCCCCUCACCUGCAGGAAGGAGUUUUGAGGUAUCGCGUUUUAUUCCCUCCCCCACUGAUUCAGUAGCAGGAAGGAGUUUUGAGGUGUUACGAUAUCAUAGAGCCGUUUAGCGUCACAGAAUACCAGUUUACUGAUAGCAUUAAAACAACGUUUGUUAGUUUGUACCAGGAACAGGAUCCAUAUUUACUUGUUUCUCUAUCAUGUCUUUUACAUUUGUAGGAGAAGUAGUUGUUUUAACUCUAUUUUUGUCUGAUUAUAUCUGUCUGUCUGUCUGUCUGUCUGUCUGUCUGUCUGUCUGUCUGUCUGUCUGUCUGUCUGUCUGUCUGAGAUUUAUUGUUAAUAAUUGUAAAGGAUCAAAAAUAAAUGGAGUUUGUGUU